AGUAAACCUAUACAAUAAAAAGGAAUUUCAUGCCUGUCGACUUUACAACCAGAACAAUAAAAGCAACUCCUAUCUUUCAUUUCUGCACUAUCAUUUAGUAGGUAUAAAUGGUGGCGGUACUUGCAUCAAUUGCCAUUUUAGUUUUACACGAAGAGCCAAACAGAGAAAAACGACGUCAUCCGAAACUUAAAGGAUUACCAACAUGGCAAACAAGAAAACCGCUAAAGAUGUGAAAAAGCCAGACACAACAAAAGAAAAUAUUCAGUUUGGACUCGUAAAUGCGCGUUCACUUCUUAAUAAAGCGGACGACCUGGAAGAACAAAUAGUAAAAUUUAAACUCGACAUUGUUGCUGUCACAGAGACCUGGUUCGUCGGCGAUUCCGAUAUGACAGUGGUGUGUCCCAAUGGGUUUAAAGGUGUUCACGAGCCACGACCGGGCGGCCAUGGAGGAGUAGCUAUUUUUUACAGAGAUAAUAUCAAGCACUCUGUAAAAAGAAUGGAAGAUUACGAAUCAUUUGAAUACAUCGAAGUUUCUCUCACCAUCGGUCCAAGAGACAUAAUCACGCUCAUCGUCAUCUACCGGCCAGGUGGGAGCAGAGUUGACUUUCGUGAAGAGUUUAAAGGCUUUUUGGACAGCGUGAAAAGAAGAGAGAACCUAAUGAUCGUUGGCGACUUCAACUUGCCACAUGAAGACAACGUUGAUAAGAAAUUUAUGAAAAUAAUCCAAUCGCACGGCCUCGAACAACAUGUCAAGGAUCCAACCCACGUAGACGGCGGAAUCCUGGAUUUAAUCUUAUCACGACCUUCCGACUCGUUGGUCAAAAACGUUCUAGUCGGUGAUUUGUUUAGUGAUCACAAAUUUGUCAGGUGUAGGAUCGAGAUCCAUGAAGAAACAAGUUAAUAACUGAGAGGAAAGUGUGGUCUAGACAAAGGCAACAAUGCAAUUAAAAAUUUACUACCCCAAACUACUCCAACCCAAAUUCUACUUUACAUAAUUUUUUAAAUCUUUAAUAUUUUUAUUCAUCUAUUUUAAUUCCUGUCUUAUACAAAACUCCAAAGAAACUGGUCUAAGACCUAACUUCAAUUAAUGAAUUUGGAAAAAUCGAACCGACUUUGAUCGACCUUGUUAUAACCCAAAAGAAAAUAAACGACUUUACUA